AACAGGUACUGUAUAUGCCCCAUGCAUGGGGCAGGUUGAAUCUAUUGCCCCGAUUUCCUGUCACAUGAUUUGAAAUAGGAUCCCUACUUUUUUUGCUAUCUGUCUUGUGUGUGAGUGUCUGGGGCAGCGCUGAUUUGCCUAGAAGUUCAGACGCUCUUAACGCGGACGCGCAGCGAGAUUUCAUGACAUUCAACUGCUCACUGCAUCAGCUCGACUGACCUGACUGGACUCGAAACACUUCACCUGCGAGGAGAGAGGAAGAGAAGGUGUUCCGAUCUCUUAUAGCCUACUACAGAAGAGCGAUGGAAUCGUGGAGAAUCGCAGCUUUGCUCGUUGCUGCCUGCCUCAGUGCGUCUGCUUCAGACCAGUUCGAAUCGGAGUGUUAUACAGCAAAUGGAGAGGACUACAGAGGUCGACAGAACCAAACAAGCCUGGAAGGAGGGAGGCCAUGCCUUUUCUGGAAUGAGACUUUCCAGCAUCCAUACAACACCAUUAAAUACCCCAAUGGAGAAGGAGGUCUUGGACCACACAACUUCUGCAGGAACCCAGAUGGAGAUGUUCGGCCAUGGUGUUACAUCGCAGAUCUCGAGGAUGGAAUCUACUGGAAAUACUGUGAUAUUCCGACUUGUCAAAUGCCUGGUAACCUGGGCUGUUUUAAGGACAGCGGUGAUCCAACACCUCUGUCUGGAGGCUACCAGACCUCCAACAAACUCACUAUUCAGAACUGCAUCAGCUUCUGCCGCAACCAAAGAUACAAGCUCGCCGGUAUGGAAUCCGGCUAUGCUUGUUUCUGUGGCAACGACCUUGAUUAUCAUCGUCACGGUGAUGCUCCAAGCACAGAGUGUAACCAUGUGUGUUUUGGAGAUCACACUCAGCCAUGUGGAGGCGAUGGACGUGUCAUAGUCUUCGACACAAAAGUAGGCGCUUGUGGAGGAAAUUACACAUCACCCUCUGCAGUAAUCUACUCUCCUGAUUUCCCGGACAAAUACAGACCUGGCAGGGUCUGCUAUUGGACCAUUCAGGUUCCAGGUGCUUCCGUCAUUCUGUUCAACUUUACUUUCUUUAAUAUCGUGGAUCAGACUGAUAUGGUGGAACUGCUGGAUGGCUUCUCCAAUCAGGUGGUGGCACGAUUCGAUGGCCGCAAUCCACCGCGGGACAUCGUGAACAUCACUGCAGACUUUGUCAUUUUGUAUUUUUACUCAGACAGGACAAAUGAGGCACAGGGGUUUUCUGUUCUUUAUCAUGCUUUAAGAAAUCAAGCAGUCUCCCCUGUGGAGGAGGAUGACGUUGGUGAUGAAGAGGACACCAGUACAGUGCGGCCACAUACGGGAAGCACUACAGCCAGUCAGAAUGGAAAAUCCUCCCUCCGUUACUUCGUGAUCACAUCAAGUCCUGCAAACAUGCCAGGUCAGUGGCCUGGACCGGGCCGGACCGCGGGCCACAGCACCAUGUGGACCAUCUAUGCAUUAGCUGCUCUGCUAACGCUAACAGUCAUAGCCAUGGUGGCCAAACUGCUCCUGCAUCUUACUGUAAAAUCCCCGUCCAUCCCGUCAAUCAGCGGGUCAGAUUCAUGUGCGCAGAGCACUACGUCUGAACCCUGGAUCAUCUUCUACAGACCUUCUACCAUCUCUCUGUUUAAGAAGAAACUCAAGAACCACCAUGGAGACCUCAGCCCUCUCGUGGGAAACUAACCUCAACACCUCUGACCUCUAUGGCUGCUUUAGCCCCCUAAUGGAUGCACACACUGUACGCAAUGCCGGUCUUCUGCUGCUGGGCUACAAAAAGGGAUCCGAUUGAUGCCUAAUUCACUUCAAAUGACCAGCGCAGGGUCCAGCCAAAAUGUGCCGAUCAGUUGUUGGUAAAAAACGAACAAACUGCGCAAAAAGAGCUUGACGCUAGCCGAUGCGCUUACUCUUAAUUUGCAUCUUAACCAAUCACAAAUCAUGUGGCAGGUGCACACAUAAACCAAGCGAUUUGAUUAGCAAAAGAGUGCUGGGAUGUUUCUGUUGCCACAGACCAAAGUGAACAAAUGACCACUGGGGAAAAAUGAAUAGUGGCCCAGUCGGUUCUCCAGGUGCUUUCACAGAAGCGAUCAGCCGAUAAGCGUCUGCAUUAAAGCAAGCAUGAGACACUCUGUGGAGCACACUGAAAGACAAAACCACGUACAUAACCAAAAUAAUGCCACGGUACCCAACCAGCCCUUGUGGAGGAGAGAUACGAUUCUGUUUAACCUCUAAUGUAGGUCACCUGUUGUUGAGAAGCACAGAACUCCUUUCUUCAGAUGUAAGAGAGCUGGCUGAACCGGCAGAGGAUUGAUGUCACAAUCAUGUCGAGAGCAAUUCGGACUCAAAGUGAACAACAAAAAAGUCAAGAGAGAGAGAGAGAGAGAAUCGGCGAGAUGGACUGCGGAGAGCCAAAGCCUGAAAUUGCUACAAGUUGGUCAACGUUCAAAAUGAGCUGACAUCCCUCUGGACCUCGCUUUCGUCUCUUGUCGUUUGUGUUGGGUUUUGAUCUUUCUUCAUUGCCUUUAAGUGCCUUCAGGACUGAAAAAAACCCUCUUUUGUCUGUCUUCUAAGCUGUCACAAUGUCUCGAUGAUGUAAACAAGCAUUGAUCCUUCGGAGCAUUGAAUUGCAAAUGAGAAUAAGCACUGAGGAAGUGUUUUUUCUUCUUGGGGAUUCUCAAGACAAAUGUAGUCCUGUGGGUGUCAUUGGGGCAUAUUAUUCUUGUCAGGUUUUCGACUUGAGCAAGAGAAGCAUUGUGAUGAACAUUGUGUAAUUCUGUGUGGGAACAAUCAAGCAUCAUCCUCUUUCAUUUCACUCCCCAACAGAGGCAGUGGUGAAAUUCUUCCAAAACAAUUUGCUCUUUCUCCCCCUUCACCACAACUUGAGCUCUCACAUUCUGAAGCACUUUUCCAGCCAGCCGAAAACCAUACGGAUCACUGUACUGCUUGCUGCGAGGAUUGAGGACGUUCCUGUGAAGGAAUGCGCAAACCGGUUAAAAUGGAUAAAUCAUCCAAAAAUGAA